CUCGUUAAUCUUUACACGCUGGCCGGGGCUCCCUUCGGGGAUAGCACGUCCGGAAACACCCUGAACUCAGACUCGAACUCAACAAUGGAAUCCAAUUGGAAUACAGUCAACAAUGAGAUUGAAAAUAACAACUAAUAACUCCAAGUCGAACUCAAAGAACAACAACUCCCUUAAGUCUCCCUACAGCUAUCGAAGGUAUCCGUUCGGGCCUAACGACUAGUUAGUCCCUCACUCUAUUAAGACUACAAAAGAUACAUUCUGUUAUUGAACUGCAGUGCAUACAAUAUGUUUCAACUAAUAAAUGAGAGUUCUAACAAGAGAGAUUAAUUGGGUCAUUCGCUCACUACCUCUCUACGCUCUCUCCCCUACGUUUUUAGGACUACGGGGAGAGCGCUCGGAGUCCGUUUCCUCACUCCCACUUUCAGAUAAGAAAUGGAUUGAUCCGUUCACUCGGGCUUCUUUCGAGGAAGCCCUCGUUCUCUCACUUAACUUACUUGUUACUAAUUUCAUAUGUGAUCGCAGAAACUAUACGCAGGUAUAGCACGCACGUGGGGUAGGCGAGUGUUUUCCUCUAUCUAGGAAUGGAGAAGCAGAGGUUAGCUAGGCUUUCCUAUAGUUUUCACAGCCCUUCUGUCCCUAUACUGUCGAGUAUAGACAAGACGGCUGCGAUUGGUAUGACUGGAGUAGAUGAACUAAUUAGCCUGCUGCUCUAAAAUAACUCCUGGAAGACGCCACGGGUCGUUUUCCCCUUCUUGGUGCUUGUCUCUUCAAGGAAGUAGGAAUGCCGAGUGAAGAAGGUGGCUCCAUACUGGGAUGUUCUCCAAGAAGUUGUUUAACACAAAAACGACUUCAAAGGGGACCCAGGUGGUGGACCAAAGCUGAGCUUUGGCCCUCGUUGUCCUAUCGGAUAGUUUGGUAAGUUGGGGUUGUUAGGGAGGGGGAGAACGAACAGAACUAGAUGCGCUUGACCUAGCUUUGCCUAAGAGGAAAAGUAUUGAUUGAUAAAGGCUUUACUGGAUCGCUCACAGGCUUGCUUUCGGGAGUGGGAAAUAGAACUGUUUUUGGUAC